AUGCAGUACUCGGUCCUCUGCGUCCUGUUGCUAGCGAUCAGCGAGCCCCUUCUCAUUCACGCAAAAGUGCUAUUAGUCGUGCCCGUUCAGAAGACACGACGAAGUCCAGCCCCAUGGCGACAACAUUAUAAAAAAUCAUCUAACGGGGAUAACGAGUCUCGUUACGCGCACUACGGUAAUCGUUACUACAGCAAAAAACCUUUCCGGCGACCAUAUCCUUCGGGAAGCGAUGACUUCGAUCACGGUUACAAAGCUGAGAAUCACGUUUAUAUACCGUCCGGUAAAGACAUCAGUCAAAGCGUGUCUUUUGGCAAACCAUACAUUCCGUAUAAUGCCAAGGGCGGUAAUUUACCUUUUGGUCAUGAGAGAUAUGCCGGUGCUUACACGCGUCAACCGAGCUAUUCGCCGACCGGUAUCACGUCGGUAGGUCAGGAAUACGCGGCAUCGGCUUCGGCACAUUCCUACAGUCCACACAUAGACUCAUUUUUUUCCGACAUGGACGGUGCCGCCAGGGGCGGCGGAUUACAUGACAGUUUAAAGGACAGCGCGAAUAAGUACUACAACGUUCGUUCCAUCGAAAAGGAUCUCAGCCUGAGGAACCAGCAGGCCCUCAGCAGCAUCGUAGAGAAAGAUGCAAUGACGAAGGGCAUCGAGGUGUACAAGAAUAUUCCUUCGACCGCGUACACCCAUGUGACCAGCUCUGCUGCUAAUACGCAAGGUGCCGUCGUAUUGCCAGCCGGUAUACCGUCAGCCACUAUCGCCGGUUACAAGAACGGCAUCGUGCUCCGGGACACCGUAUCCCUGGACGAGUACCAGAAGAAGCUGGAGGAGCUCACCAAGACCUGGCCGAGCAUGUUAUCCGACGCGAUGCCCAGCUUCGCGGCGGCCACUGCGAUCCCGACGCAUCAUCAGCAGCUGCAGGCCGGCUAUCCGACCGCUGGUCUGCCAGGUCCCGCGGGCUUCGGCGGGCCGACAAAUUGGUUCUCCAGCUUCGCUCAGCCAAAGCAAGGCUACGCGGUACGCGAGGACCACGGAGACUCCACGACCUAUGACUUUAGAACGAUGCCGAUUCACGGCGCGUAUCAACAGCUGCCGUUCGGCGCGAACAUGGGUCUGCCGAUUGGCGCGGGUAUCACGCCGAGUAUUCACGGAUAG